ACCGUCCUAUGUACGUUUUAUUUGCAGGUGGCUACUUGUUGCCGGUGUGGAAGAUGAUUUUGUUUUGUUAUCUUUCGAUGAUCAAAAUAUACGUUUUCUGGGUGGACUUUUCGAGCUUCUACAGGUCAUUCGGAAGCUGCUGGAGAUUUGACGAAAUUUUUAAAUCCAACUAAUUUCAGCAAGUCCAAAAUAAAAGUUGUUUUUUGACAUAGCGAGACGAAACUUAGAAUAUUACAUGUGUCUUUUUAGUAUUUACACACAUGCAAAUACACACGUCGGAUGAUUUUCGGAUGAUUUUCGUCAUGCAAAAUAGUUAUCAUUUUAAAUUAUAACCGCUGAUUGGACGAUCGUAGCGACAUCUGUAGCAAAUAUUUUUUCAAAUUCUGUCACUGUCUUGAACCCGCUGAAAAAAAUGUCAGCUGUUACGGGAAAUUUAGUGCACAGAUAAACUGUCUUCAUUUCCAAUCUUGGCAUGAGGCUGUGUUUACGUCCAGUAUUUCAUUUUGCUGCUUGAAUAAUUCUUUAACUUAUGGGCUUAUUAUGGGGGACUUUGAUGAAAUGUUCCAACUUUUUCCCGAAAUGGUCCUUCUUUCAAAAUCUCCACCAACUUGGAAAGGUGUGAUAACAGUUAGGAACUCCAACAAUUGCAAAAUAAAAGUCAAAGUCAAACUAACUGUUCCGUCUUUUCCACGAUUAGAUGAUGCGAUAGUACAUUUUGGUAGCAGUAUAGCAUCUCUAUUUGGAAACAGCUUUACAAAACAAAUAAACUCAAUACUAAAAAGAUCAGAGUCAGUGCCUGCUCUUUUUGUGGAUUUAAUAAAGCUUAUCGAGACAUUGUUGUCAGAAAAUCAAGAACAAAAAAUGGUUAUUGAUCCCGUGGAAACAAAUGCCAGAGAUAAACUGUUGAAAGAACUUGACAAUGUUUUAUCAGAAAAUGCGGAUGUAACAUUUUCAUCUACAAAAGAUCUUAGUGCAAUAAAGCUCACAAUGAAUGAUAUUUCAAUAGUUGUGCAGCCAAUACUUAAUAACUCAGGGCAACAUUCUUGGAAAAUUAUUAAUACAGACUUACCUGAUUUGCCAGGCUAUACUGGCAAUGAAAGAAAACCUUUUUCCUUGAAAGAAAUUCGAAAUAUCUUUCAAAGGCAAGUUGACACCAUGGAAGAUGUAUGGGACCAGUUAAGAAGAAUCGAUAAUUUCUGUUGGGUAAUAGAUCCAAUCCAACCAAAACCCUAUCAUCUGUAUCGCAGGGUUUAUCUAUCUCCAUUACUUUCCUUUUUGAUCACGCUGAAUCCCACGGAUCCCACAGGAUACCCGAAAAUUAAAUUCCUUGGCGCCAAGAAUGAAGUUGAAAAGUAUAGAGACAUGAUACAAGAUGAAGAUGCUAUUGAAAAUUGGGAUUUAGAAUACUCUGUUUACGAAAAUCUGCUAACAUUACUGAAUAUCGACGAAUUUCCUCAAGCACCAAUAGUUGAUGAACCAAUGGAACAGGAAGGAAUAGUUGGUGAUGAAGAAUGUUGCAUUUGUUUUUCAAUGGAUGACGAAAGUGGUAAUCUACCUGAUGAAAUAUGUAACAAUCAAAAAUGCAAGCGACGUUUUCAUUCCGCUUGUUUAUUCCAAUGGCUGCAAGAGUUGGCAACAAAUAAAAUAGUCUUCAACAAAAUUUUUGGACCAUGUCCUAAUUGUGGAGACGAGGUAUCCUGUAAUGUAUCCUCUAGCUGAUUUGGUGAGUCUUUAUUAGUAUCAUGUAAAUAACAAUGAUAAAUGUCAAAUGAAGUGAGCAACUUUUCCUGUUAUGUAUAUAAAUGACAUGGUCGCAGGUACGACUGUUUUGUACUCAAUCAUUAUUAUUAAAAGAUGUAAAUUUGUUAGUUAUUCAAUCAUCUAAAAAAGCGAAUGACGUUGUAAUAAUUUGUUAUAAAAUCAUCUGUUGUACAAAUUAUAUUUUUAUACCAGAAAAAAAACUUACUCAAUAAAUUUAUUUCUUAC